AUAGCAACAAUGGUCGCUAAGUUCGUCGUAGUACUCGCCCUGGUGGCUGCGGUCCACAGCUCCGUCCUGGUGAAGGUAGACGGCGACUCCUCCAGCUUCUCAUACGAUGUAGCCGACCCCAACACCGGUGACUACAAGAGUCAAACCGAAACCCGUGUAGGAGGAAACGUGGUUGGACAGUACUCUCUAGUAGACCCUGACGGUACCCAAAGGGUUGUUGACUACACUGCCGAUGAUGUUAAUGGAUUCAACGCUGUUGUACGCAAGGAACCUCUGGCUAAGACCGUUGUUGCCGCAACUCCUGUUGUUGCUGCUGCUCCCGCUGUUGUUGCCGCGCGUACUGUAGUUGCUGCUACUCCUUCAGUCGUUGCUUCUCCCACCGUCUACGCUUCAUCGGCGCCAGUGCUCUCUCGUUCCUACUAUGCACCCUCAGUGUACAGUGCUGUCCCCUCAGCAUACAACACUGUAUCUUCAGUAUACAACACCGUACCUUCAGUGUACAGCUCUGUCCCCUCAGUGUACAGCUCUGUCCCCUCAGUAUAUAACACCGUACCUUCAGUAUACAGCUCUGUACCCUCCGUCUACAGUUCCCUUUCAGGUUAUGCGUCCCCUUACUCGACCUACGGAUGGUCCAACUCUCUUGGCUACUCAGCUUACGGCUACCCCUCAAACUACUGGGUUAAGUAAAGUGUUCACCAUAGUUCCACCUGUAGAAAAUGUCGUGUAAAUAUUUGUAUAUUAUACAUAUUGUGUCCUGUAAA